AUGCAGUUCUCCGUCGCCACCCUCGUUGCCUUUGUCGUUGCCGUCAUGGCAAGCCCGCAUGGCGAACUCGUCGGGAGGCAGGUCGACGUCGCCGCGGCGGCCAUGACGGACGGUCAAGGAAACAUCGUUCCCUUCGACGCCGCCGGCGUGCCGUCGUCUCCCGUUGAGGGGGAGAUUGCUUCGUAA